AUGUUGAAGCUGCACUUCUCCGUGACGGAGGAUGAGGCCACGCUCUUAACGGUGAUGACCACGGGCCUGGCCACGGAGGUGGAGGUGCCGCGGGGCAAGGACGUGGGCUUUGCCAAGAACCGCGCCAUUGACAAGCUGUGGCCCAGCAUCCCCUUCUGCCACGCGGUGGCAGCGCUCUCCAAUCUUCGCAUCUUCGACGACCAGGGCGAGGAGCUCAACGACGGCGACGCCUGCAGCGCCCUCUCCGAGGGGCAGCACCUGCGGCUGAGCGCGGCGCCGCCCGGGCCGCGCGGGGUGUCCGCCGGGCCCGUGAGCGCUGGGGCGCAGGUGUUCGCCAGCACGGUGAGCGCGGUGGGGCGGCACAAGCUAGGCCUGGAUGCGGCCGGGCCGGAUUCCCGGGAGGAGUUGAUGAAGCUACCCUUGAAGGAGCUCAAGGCGCGGCUGGCGGCCAGUGGCUUAUCCGCUGAGGGUUGUUUGGAGAAAGUCUUUGAACACCCAACCACCGCCGAUGACAGCGGACUAGCCGCCUGCGCUCCGGUGCCACAGGUGGAGACGCAGCAGAAGAAGGUCGGCGCCUUCAAUGCGCUCUUCGCUGUGGGCGCGCUCUUGGGCCUCAAAAAGUGGGAAAGUGGGAGGUUCUUGCCCGCCCUGGGCGACAGCGAGUCUGGCGCCGUCUUGGCCGAAUUCGUGUCCGGCACGCGGAAGGUGCCGAUUGAGACCUUCUUCAUCGACAGCAGAAGUGCAGCCUUCCUGCAGGCUGCUCCCGAAGGGAAACAGCUGUGUGAGAAGAUCCAUUUCCUCGGCGGCCUCGGGGUGCGGGAGCUCCACGGCUUGCGCGUCGCCUACCUCUCCGGGGGCCGCGCUGUCCAGCGGCCUACGGCGGCCUCGCGCAGUUCCUUCAUGGGUACCGCAGGCCUGGCCAUGGGUCCGGUGCUUCUCCUCUCGGGGGACAUCGUCACGCUUGGGGCUGGCCGUGGCGGUGAUGGGACGCCGCUGGGCAGUGUCCGUGCACCGCACGGCUGGGUCGAGGGCCAUGCGUGUUUGGGCCUCUGGAAGCGCCUCACCAGCCGUAGGGGUCGGAUGGGCAGAGCUGCGAGCGCCAGUGACCUGGGUGUGGACAUCACUCAAGAGGAGGUCGAACUGACCUCGCACUAUGGACGUUUGGAACUCAUCGCGUUGACCCCGGCGGCGGUGCGGCGGGCGGAGCGCGUGCCGACGGUGCUGGUGAAUGUGGGAUGCUACUACACGCUGGCGGACACCUUGGUGGCGGUCGAGGGCCCGCGAUACGUGGCGCAGGGCUAUGCCUACGUGUUAUGGCGGGCCUCAGGGCCUUUGGAAGAGGUUGCGGAUCUGGUCUUCCAACGCUGGCGUGCGGAUGCGGCCGUGGUGUUGGAUUGGCUGGGCCAGCAAAGUUGGUGUGAUGGCCGGGUGGGCUGCCAUGGCUACAGUUUGCUGGGCAACACCUCCUACGCCACACUGGCGGCGUCGCAUGCGCCCGACGCUCCCGCCGAGCGUCCCCUGGUGCGUGCCGCGGUGCCUGCCAUCUCCUUCUCACGCAUUCAGCCCACGGUCUUCGUGCGGGGCCAAAGCCUUGCCGCUGAGCUGGCAUUGUGCUUCCUAUGGCUCGCCGAGAAGGGCCUCUGCCAGGGGCGUCUCACCGGCUUCAGCUACAUUUGGAACAUGUUCGGCUUCUUCGGCCUGCCCGACUGGCCCGGCCUCGCCGCCGCGCUCGCGCAGCGACCGGUGGACCGGGCCGAUGUGGACAUGUGGGGCCGCGCCAAUACCUUGUGGCAAGGAGGCCAGUUCGCCCGAGAUGAGUUGGAAUCCUUCUGGAAGGAUGGCCGUGAUCGACAGUUCAACUUCGACAGCUUCCGUGGAACGCAUCCGCCGCACAUUCACAUCAUCGCUGGGUGGAAUGAUAUGUUUCUGCAGCAGGGUUUGGAUGAUUUCGUGUCUGCGUGCCGACUGACCGAAGCGCGGCUGACCAUCUACACGGGCGGUCACUUUGGCCUCAUCACGAAGCAUGCAGGGGAGGUGGCGGCGGAGACGGGCCGCUGCUACCGCGAGCACCUCGGUGGCGACAUGCUGGAUCACCGGAGCCCCGUGCGGAUGCAGCUGAUCACCACGACCGACGAGACGGAGUGGUUGGAAUGUGAGACGUGGCCGCCGCCCUGUGACUCCUAUCUGGACUAUUUCCUGCUUGGAGAAGGCGCCACCGGCAGAUUGGCAGAAGAGGCCGGAAGCUGUCGCCUGAGCUACACCUACGAUCCCAAGGAUCCGACUCCCUAUGCUGGUGAUGGCUGGCUGAACCUGCAAAAGGAUGGCGCCCAAGACCAGCGAGGCUUGGAGAGCUCGAGGACCAAAGACCUGCUGUUGGCGAGCUCGCAGGCGUUGGAGAAAGAUGUGGACCUGGCGGGCGAAGUGCAGGUCUCCCUGUCGCUGCGCUGUAGCGCGCCGCAGUGCGACGUCGUGGCACGGCUCUGCGUGGUACGCGGCGCGGGCGGCGCAGGAGGCGCGGAAGGCGUGCUGGGGUGGCUGGGAGACUUGGCGGAUCCCAGGCAGCUUGGUGCCGGGCAGUCCGUGAAUCUGUGCGAGAAUAUCGUGAGAGCCGAGUUUCAGAAGGAUGAAGCCACACGCCUGGACUUCCGCGUGGGUUUCACUGCCUGCCGCCUGAACGCCGGCGACCGCGUGCGGCUGCACCUCUGCUCGGCGGCGCACCCGCGGUGGCUACGCCACCCGCUGCAGCCCAAAGGGGAAGACUGGCUCUUGGGCGACAGCCAGGUGGGACCUCCCGCGGUGAUCUCUGUGGAAACGCCCUCGCGACUGCGGCUGCCACUGCGCUCAGCAGAGCUUCGCUCGGUGUUUCUGACGUCGCCGUGA